GUUUUAGAAUGCGAGCGCUAAUGCUUACCCUAGUUUUUCUACUGACACUGAUCGCAAUGGCAUUGACCGAUAUAGUCGGUAAACAUGCAGUUGCCAUUCGUGGUCAGCUGAUGUGCGGAGGUGUGCCAGCUGAAAAUGUGAAGGUCAGGCUGUUUAGAACAAAACAGCCAAAGAAGGAUGAUCUCAAUCAAAUACUUGCCGAAACGACCACUGGCAAACCCGGUGUGUUCCUCCUUGAAGGCAACACAAAUGGUUUUCCAAUAAACGAAACUGGCAUGCAACCGGUCGUGUCGUUCUAUCACACUUGUGACGAAGAUCCUGCGAAGCUGAAGAAGAAUGGUUACCGCAAGUUCAACUACAACAUUCCGGACGAAUAUGUAGCAAAGGGAGCGAAAGCUAAAAGAACUUUUGAUUUUGGAACGCUAAACCUUCAGAUCGAGUUUCCUGGUGAAAAACACGACAAAAAGUUCGAAGAAAGAAGGCAAGCGCGUUGAUAACUUCUGUCCGACUCAUUAUUUGCAAUUGCACCAUUACAUCGAUCUGACAUAAAUAAUCUAUAUAUAAAUAAAACUUAGUGUCUGUAUGGUUCCGAUUUAUCUGUCUGUGUUCUAUAAAAACGUCCGCCUUUAAAGACCCCUACGCAAAUUAUAAGCUAC